AUGAAAGGCGCGAGGAGCGUGGCCAUGGUGGCGCUGGGGCCUGGAGCCGCGUCCCUCCCGGCAGCCAUCGCGGCGCUGGGCCUGAGCCUUCCCGCCGCCCGCCUCUCUCCUGAGAUCUUCCGCCUCGCCAAGUUCGACCGGCCUGAAGUGAGUGUCCCUUUUUGGAAACUAUUGUACACUUUGCUGAAGCAGAUCCACAAUGGAGGACAAAUGGAAUCUCCUGAUAUAGGCACCCAGGUCAGAUUUGUCAAAUCUGUAGUCUUGAGCCAUGGCUACAGAAGACUGAAAUUUUACCAACUUCCUUCCGAUGGGUCACUGGGGAGCAAGGAGCUGCUGCUGGUUUUUUCUUGGCUUCUCUGCAAUGUGAACCUAGUGAAACAGUCACUGGCACUAAGUAGAUUGAAACUUUGGGACGAAACAGUUGUCUGCAUGUGUGAUACUGCUGUGAAAAGUAUGCAGAUUGAGAGAAACCUAGAUGAAGCCGCUCAUGUGAAAGGCCACAGAGAUAUUCGAUACUUGCAAUGGUUAAAUGGUCAACUGGAGUUCCAUUGGCGAAAUUGUCAUACUGAACAGCAAGAGCAAUGCAAGCUUCUGCAUAAGGUACAUUCAUAUACAUUAGGCUCUAAUGCUAACCCCAUCAUUGGCCAUUUCUCAACCACAGAAGUAGAUGUUGUGAGAAAACCUGAGAGUUACAAGCAGUUGUUGCAUUUGAUAGAAUCUGAAAGUUCUCGACUGGAAGCCUUUUUGAAAUGGAAAUCUAUGGAACCUCUGUAUUGGCUUUGGAUGGAGACUGUUUUAGAUUCUGAAACAAAAGAGACAAAAACUCAAGAUGUAUGUAACAAAGAUCCUCUUUUGCUAAGUGCAGAUCUGUAUUACCCAGAGCUUAACAGAACUAUUGAAGAACUUGACAGGUUAAGAGCUGACCUGAUGAAUUUAUGUGAGGAGCUACAUAAGCUUGUAAUAUUCAAGAAACAUAACCACUCUAGCAAGGUCAGAGCAAGAGAACAAGGACAGCUAAUAGAAGGGGAGUUCAGCAGGACUACCAAAAGAAUAGAAGCAGCUGUGGCCCUGAAACUGUCAGAUUUCCAAUCCCAUACCCAUGCUUACAGAAUCAAGAAAAUACAUGGCCCAUACAGACUUGUAUUUAAAGGGAAAUCUUUAAAGACCCACAAAAAGGAUUCCAUCAAAUCAAUAGCACCCAACAACGCCAUUACAGGAGGAAUCACUGCAGAGGAUGUGAUAAGUGAUCUCAAGAGGCAAGAAGCAAGGAUGAAGGCAGAGCUGAAAGGACGACAGGAAGAAAGCAGGAAAACGCUUCAUGAAGUUGCAAAGAGUUUUAGUCAAAUGCUUGUCAUUCCACCCAUGAGGAAACAAAAAGCAAGAGAUGCAAAGUGUUGAACUGGCAGAGUGAGACAUCAGAGCACUCUGAUUGAAAAUAAAUACAUGUCUCUAAACUGCAAAUCCCAGGGUUCCAUACGAUGAAACCAGGACAGUUAAAAUGGAAUCGUGGUGCUACAUGUGUUGCUUAU